AUUUGAUCAAUUGAUAACAUAAAAAUAUUGAUUAAAGCAGCUUCGGGAUCAACAUAACUCACCGUGUGGAGCUCACUGAGAUCAUUUAACUGAAUGAGUGUAACUGAUAGUACACCCUAAAAAAUACUGGCUCAAGUUAAUCAGUUUCAGGGUACGUGAGCUUUGGGUCUUUCUAUUCGGUUGUUUUCUGAAGCAUAAUGAAUUGUGAUCCAAAUAUUAGGUCAUAUAGCUUUUGCAGCCCAUACACACGUGACUGUUUGUUUUAAAAUAAGGUCAAAACAGCACAGUUUUUUGGGUGAUUGGUGGCCCAGUAGGUUUUUACACCCACCGAUACUGGGUAACCUGUAUUGUGCACAACGAUUGAUCCAAAUUUGGUUAAAAUUGACCCAGAAUAUUUUAGUUUGUAGAACGAUGCAGCAAUGUAAUCAUUUUUGGUUAACAUUCAUAUUAAAAAGCUUUGACAUUACUAGAUAUAUAUUUAGUACCUCAAAAGGUUGAUAUUUAGGGAUAUAUUAAUGUCAGGGUCAUCUAUGAUGGAUCAUGAUAUUUGUUUAUGGGAGUCAUACCUCCUAAAGGUCUAGUGUGUAGGAUUUAGUGGCAUCUAGCUCUUAAGUUGCAAAUUGCUACCAACUGAAACUUCUCCUAUGUGCCGAGCAUGCAGGAGAACUACGGUGGCUGACUGGAAAAUACAGAUGGCCCUAUCUACAGCCAGUGUUUGGUUUGUCUGUUCUGGGCAACUGUAGAAACAACAUGGCAGACUCCAUAGAAGAGGACCCGCUUCGUCCAGGCCCGGGCGCGGUGAGAGGUCAGCCCAUUAACGUAAAUGCCCCUGGUUCAGCUCAGACCCCUGAGAACAUGCAGCAGAUGAAGAAGCUGAUGGAGCAAGAGCUGAAGAGUGACAAGUACAAAUCCAACAGCAACAAGGGCUACGUGUUCACACUGAUGCCUCUGUAUGCCAUCGGAGUUGGAGUGUUUGCAGCCUACAAGUUUUUGAAGAUCAAGUCUGCAGAUGACCAGGCACAAAAGGACAAAUUUGCAAAAGGAGCCAAGAAGUCAGUGGAAGCAGAGAACCAGUUAAACGAGCUGGAACAAAGGCUAGCGCAGACAGAGAGGAUGCUCAAUUCCAUCCUCACACAGCUGGACCCGCUCACUAACUGUGUGAAGUCAGUGGCCCAGGAGCAGAAGAACGAGAUCAUGUCUCAACUCCAGACCAUCCGGUAUCUGAUGAAGAAGAGAGGAAUGGACUGUCCACCCCUGAACAUCAACGAGGCAUCCUGCGAGCGUAAUCUGGACGACCUCAUUGAGUCACUGGGAGCCAACGACACCUCGGCAGUGCAGGCUUCUCUGGUGGACAAGCAGAGCUCUACAGGAACAGCAGAGGCUUCUGAAAAGGUAUAUCAGAAGAGUUUGGAAGGUAAAGACGAAGCUGCAACAGAAGGUGAAGAGAUGAAGGAGCUCGUACCAGAGGAAUCAGAUGGGGAAUCGGAGGAAGAAGGGAAUGUAGAGGAAGAGGAGGAGGUUGAUAAAGAGCAGGAGGAGGAAGAAGGAUUGGAGGACUCUGAGCUCAUGCCUUCACUAGAGGACUCAUAUGAGACAAACAUUGAGGAGGUUGGAACGGAGCAGCUUGCAUCCGGCCUCAGGCGACGCAACAGGCCUGACUGAACUCAUUGCAGGACUUCUUCACUCUACAAAGAUGUGACAGAUUAUUAUUAAUAUUUAUUACCUGAAAGGCUUUCAUUCCAAAAGGCUGUCUACAUAUUCAUCAAAAACACACAUUGCAUUCAUCAGAAACUAUAACCUCAUAAGGAAAGCUCUCUAACAGUAAACACAUAGGGCUCUAUUUUCAUGUUGCACUCACAAGAAUCAACACCAACAUGUGCACAAGGUCAGUGAGGGUUGCCAGGUGCAUCUGCUAUUAUUGUUCACAUAGAUGCAGUGUGCUAUGUGCAGAAGGGUUGGCUAAAGUGGAUUUGGUGAUUAUUCAUCCUCCCAGUUAGUGACAUUUCCUGUCACAUACCUUUAUAACAACUGUUCCGAUCACAAUGGUGCAUGAAAAACAAGACUCAAAUGUAAAGCUGGAAUCUCCCCUGCCCCCAGGAGCAUUCUCUUAAAGUCUCUCUGUGACUGUAAUCCUUCCUCUGAAUGCUUAGUGUCUUUUUUUUUAUCUGGAGGAUCCACUCCAGAAACUUUUAUCCACCAUACUCCUAGCUGCUGCUCCAUCCCCUCCCUGCUCCCUUUAGCUCCGGGUAGCUGAUGUGAAACGCAUUCCCUUCAGUAAGCUGUGCGGGAAAGUCGCCGUAGAAACUGUAGUGUACUGCAAAAUACAAAGAGCUUUCCUUGUUAGCGAUCGGCUUAAUUAACAUUGUAUGAACUGGUUUGGCAAGGGCUUAAAUGUAAAAGAUGCUUAUUAACAUCCAGAAGUCCCCCACUCCAGCUUUAAAGCUCAGUUUAUAAUCACAGUGACAUACAAAACCUGACAUUAAAUGUCUUAGUAAGGUGUUGUUCCAUCACAAGCCUUCAGAACAGUUUCAGUGCUCUCUGUCGUAGAUUCUCCAAGUGUGGUGAACUCCACUGGAGGGAUGAACAAUAUUCUUUCAAAUGAUAUUCUUUUUGGUGUUUUGAUGGUGGUGGCGGCAGCGGUGGCGGCGGCGGUGGUGGUGGUGGUGGUGGUGGUGGUGGUGAGCACUGUCAAACGGCCAGACGCACCAAACUGACCUCAAAGAACCAGUGGCAACAAAGGCCGACUGUUGCGUCGCCUCACCUUGCCUGUGUCUUGGCCAACAAGUUGCACCUCAUCUCACGACAGAGACUACCACCGAUGGCUGAUUAACACGUAUGUUCUGCUAGUUUUCCAGUUAGCACAUUGACAACACUAUCCGAUGAUUUCUCGUGCACUAGUGAAUAAUAACACAGACCAUUACAAGCCAUUUCUGCGUAAGAGCUAACCUAAUCCAACCUAAUAUCACAUGUUUCUUGUGAUCUCACACGCCCUCUAGUUUAGUUAUUAGCCUGCUUUCCUCACUUCUGUUUCUCUUCUCAUGUACUGAGCUGAACCACCAAUCAGAGUGAUUUCACUCACUGACAGGCUCCACUGUCUCCAACGCUGAUUCAGCAUGCUGAAUCUGCCAAAAGUCACCCGGCAAAGGCUAACUAGUGCCAACAGUGUGCGACACACUGCAAAACAAAUGACCUGACCGCUUGACAUAGACCAACAGCCGACUGUCGGCUUAGUGUGUCGGAGCCCUGACAGAACACUCCAUAAUAUCACCCAGAAGGCCAUUAGUGAUGGGUUGUUAAAGCACCGAUGCUUUUAAGCCAACUGCACUUAAAGUGUUUCCUUGGAUAAACUCAUUAUACGAAUUGUCUCCCCAGGCUCCUCCAUAGCCUUGCCAUAAACAUUUCAAAUUUAAAUAGUUCCUGGAAAACAAGAAAUGCCCAUCUCAACACAGAGCUAACACACCACUAAUACUUCUCAAAUUAUCCAGGAGCUUUUGUUCCCUGUAUGGAAGCAGCCUGUAUUUGUCAUGUUUCUCACCACAUUUACUCAGAUCUUUCCUUUAACUUGUUGCCCACCUUUACAAUAAUGUGGGUCAGCCAGGGGGUUAUCUCCAGGUCUGAAAAGUGAUGGUAAUGCUGAAGUGCCUUAAACCUGCAUUCUUUUUAAUGGCCAGCAGGGGGUGACUCCACUGGGUGGAGUAAGUAGUCCAGUUAAAUUCUGUGAGAACAUGAGUUGAUUAGCUCAGUAAAUAUUUUCUUAACCAGUAUAUGGUUUCUAGUUUCAAGUCUUCUUCAAUUCAGCAUGAUCAUUUCAUAAAUUAUAGCCCCAUAUAGAGUUAAAUAGAUGAUAAAGUAGGAUAUUGUUUAGGGUGUGGCUACUUUGGGAUUGACAAGUCGCCACCACGGUGGUGACACAGCUAACGUGCCAACGUUUGUGGUACUCCACAAACCAGUUGAUGACGUCACAGUGGUUCCGUCCUUUUCCUCUAUACAGUCUAUGGGUGCAGUCCAGACAUAAGUUGAAUUGUAGCAGUGAUGGAUGCCAGAUGCAUAAAAAAUUCUGUCUAUUUUGUUUUUGUUUGUUUUUGUCAUGUUACAGACCAUUCCCAAAAAACCUGGUAGUAUGCAUGGAAUUCAUGCACAAUUAUGCGUGCUUUAAGUAUGCAUGAUUAAACACACAUUCUCAGCACAGUGUUUUUCUUACUAGCAGUAAAUGUGUGGGAAGUGUUUUUGUGCAGACAUAUUGUAUAUACAUCUGGUCCUAGAUCCUCAGACAUCCAUUUGCUGCACCAAAGAAAUACUUAAACUUGCAAUGCCUCAUCUUCUUGGGGCACUUUUGCACCAUGCGUGCUGCACUGGGCACGAGAAUAUAGAAGGGACAGACAAACCACCAGGUAGUCAGGGGGUCCUUUUCAUUAUGCUAACUUAUGCUUCCUUAUCUCCUCCCGUGACCCAGAAAUCGUUCUCCCUCCGCAAUGAUGGAGCUUCCAAUCCUUUAAAUGCAUCUCACAAGACAAGGAGAGAGAAAGCCUCUGUAUGAGCUCAUAGCGAGGAAACAGGUGUACGGAGCUGCCCAAGGGUCACGGCGGGAUUUUCUUACCAUAAUAUAGGUCAACAAUCAGUAAUAAUGCUACUGAUGAUUGGUUAUAUUAUAUAAUCUGCAUAUCUAAAUGAAGGCCUCCUGUAUAUGUAAAACCUUUUAUAGGCCUAUAAGAGAUGUCCCUAUCUAUGAAAGAUCCUUUAAGAUUUUGAAAUUGUUAUUAAAGAAACGGUUUUGUGGACAUUCACACCAGUCAGUUUGACAUGUGAUACAGCUCCGCAGCAACAGAAGUAAAUGAUGUCGCUGAAAACUGACGCUGUGGAACCAAGGGUUUCUUUUUUGGGAGCUUCGGCUUCUCCGUCCUUGCAUCUCUUCCUCACCUCCUCUGGUCACUCACGAAGUUAGGAAGCAAGUGAAGGAAGCGAGGAGACGUGAGCGUGAUAAAAUGCACCUUGAGCUUGGAAAAUUGCAACACCAAAUAUAGUGCUAAUUGUAUUAGUCUUUGUGCCGACAUGAAAAAAGAGCCCAUAAUGUCCUGUGCUUUCCUGUUGUCAGUCAUCUUUCCAACACUAAUCAUCACCUUUUUAUACUUGCCUGAUUUUGGAGUGAAAUGUCUAUACAUAUUUGGUUUUACUAGCUCUGUCAGUGGUUUGGGUUUGCACCUGCUUGAGUGCUGAAGCCACGCUUUUGAUGUGAUUAUGUCACUCUGAUUAAUGCCACAGGAUAUGAUCGUAAGUCUUUAAAGACUCAGCUUCUCUUUCUGUCAGUCUGGAGAAAAUGUGCUUUCAUUGCAUCGUAACCUCGAGCCACCCUGUGCUGUCACCCUCUGCCCUUGUCAGGUAUGAGAAAAUAUCACAGAGGAAUGAUUUUAUAUCAAAACCCAUAGAAGUCUUACCACAAACAACACUGCUUUCCUAUUUUAUUAAUAAAUAAUACUAUUUAUUUAUUUUUUUUACCAUAAAGGCUCUGACACUAGUGCUACUGAAUGGUCAAAGCCUCCUUAGACUGCAGAAUAUUAUAAUAUACAUUGUAAAAAGUGUGAGCUGGGCUUGUGGCAUGCCAUUAUACAUCAAAACAUAGUUGUGCAUGUUUUUUUUUUUUUGUCUACACAUUGUGACUAUGUUUUUAUUUAUUUAUUCAAGAAGAAAGUGACAAUCAUUUGAUCAACCAGACACACGUUGACUCCCAUGAAAUUCUUCUACUGAUCCAUUAAUUUAAAAAAAUCAGCGUUAUUUUAAGUGUGUUUCUGUUUGUUGGAUAUUUGUUGGAUACCGAUAAUGCAGAAAGGAAUCCCUUUGCCUUAUAUUUAAAAUGUUUGGGUUUUUUUUGUUUUUUUUUGGAAUCCUUGUGAGAGGUCACUGUGAGAGGGCUUUCCGGUUGUUUCCAUGUUGUCUGUUUGGCAACAUAGAUCCAGCUACUGUCAGGGCGCUCCUCGAAAUAUCCAAGUACAAUGAACAAAUUUAGGUCUUGAUUAAAAAUAAUAAUAGUAAAAAGAUCAGUAUGUAUGAUCCUUUUUGUAUCAUAUGCCCCUAAAGUUUGCUAAAUGCUUAAUGUAAAAAUCACAUUAAAAUGAUUAUAAUAUUUGCAUAAAUGAGAUGCCCCUGUCCUACUGUCAAUCAUAUAAGAUCACAGCAUGAAUAUUUUUUGUAAAGCCCACAAAUCAUUGCCUUAUUACUGAUGAAAAAUUUGAGCUGUAGACACUGCAAGAUGUUUCGGUUGGCUUUAUAUUUUUACUGUUUUACGGAAUUCUAACACCAGCUUUUACACAUAUAAUUUAUAGCCACCUCUUGGAAUCCACAAAUAUCUGCCUUAAUUUAUUUUGUAAAUGUGUUCCCUGUUAUGCAUAGUUACAUUUCUGUGUUGGAGGUUUUGUGUGUCACGUGGAGACUGAGUGAGGGAACUCAGCUUGCUUUAAUAGAAAAUAAAACAACAAAAAAUGUGAUGCUGUUGGUCUGGACUUUUGGAAUAUGGAUUCAUGAAGUUAGGGCCUGAUACAAAUACUACAGCGCAGAGUUAUGGACUUGGGUCACAUGACUUAGGCUUGGGUCUUUCUCAAGUCACAAAGACAACUCGACUUUGACACUAGUGACUAAUGACUUCUCUCCAACUUGAGUCUUUUGACUUAAAAAUAAUUGAUACCUCCCCUCAAGCCCAAAGAUUAAGAGGUAUGUUAUUUAAAAAGCGUGUUAUGAAUCAAUUAAUUUCCCUUCAUUUCCUGAAUCAACUAACAUUAAUGCUUUUCAUUCCCAACAAGUUGACACUUAAUUCCCCAGAUCAUCAUUUUGUUUGAGCCAAUCUGACAGCAUCCAAUCAAGUUUCAGCAGAGAACUAUGAUGAAGAAUCGUGACAUUACUGAACACCAGAAAAAGUGAUACCACAGAUAAUUUUGUUUGCUAACAAAGACUAUGUGGUGGUCAACAAAAAAACAAACUUAAGUUUGCAAAACAUGCAGUUCGAAUUACAGAUGGAGAUCCAACAACUUCCAACAAAUAUUUUAAUAAAUACAAUUUUUAAAAAGCC